AAACAACACAUUUUCACUCCUUAGUUGUUUAACCUUCUCAUCAUCAAACAUGUCUGGGGUUUGGGUUUUCAAGAAUGGCGUCGUCCGGUUGGUGGACGGGGCGGAUUCCUUGCAAGGCUCCAACGCCCGGCCGCGUAAGGUGCUCGUCCACACUCCAACUGACGAGGUCAUCAGCUCUUACGCCGUGCUCGAACGCAAGCUGUCCGCGCUCGGCUGGGAGCGAUACUAUGACGAUCCGGACCUUCUUCAGUUCCACAAACGAUCCACCGUCCAUCUCAUCUCUCUCCCCAAGGAUUUCAACAAGUUCAAGUCCAUGCACAUGUAUGACAUCGUUGUUAAAAACCGUAAUGUGUUUGAAGUGAGGGACACGUAGUCCUUGGACUAGUUUGUGCAGCGUGCUGGAAGUGUUUGUGAUGACUUUGAUUCUGUGUUCAUUUGUGUGCGUUUGUAUGUUUCUGCAGGUUUGGGGUUUUUUGAUUUUUGGUUUGGUUUGGUUAGGGUUUAGGGAAAGCUAAUUAAUUAAAGUAGUCAAAGAGUCUGUUCGAUGAUUGACUGUUGGAUAGUACUCUGACAGUUUGUAUAAAUUGUUAUCAUUGUGCAAUAAAAAUUGGGUCUUGACUGU